AUGCCGGAAUUCCCACCCCCAAUUGAUCCGUCCUAUGUGCCCUCGGUCUCACUUACGAGGAUUCCCGCAAACACGCCGAUCGAAGACAUACUUGCUGUCCUGGAGCGAGAUGGCGGUCUUAUUCUAACCGACAUUAUUUCCAGCCAAGACGUGGCUGCUAUCAACGAUGAGCUAGAGCCUUACGUCCAGAAAGCUAGAGCCGAAUCGCACGCUGCGUACGACCUUAUCCCCAAACAAACUAUAAUGGUCCCAGGUAUUGUAGGCAAGUCACCUACCAUGGCAAAGAUCGCUGAGUACGAGGUGAUUGAUAAACUGCGAACGAUGGUUUUGCAGAAGAAAUGCACUGCUACCUGGGAAGACCGAACAGAAGAGUUUACCAUCGGGCCCUUACUGAACAGUAGCUUGACAUAUAAUGUCAGCUAUGGUGGCCCUCGUCAGAGGCUGCACAGAGAUGAUAUGAUCCAUGGUAUCUAUCACCACGAUGGGGAAUACAGCUUGUCAAAUGAGACUAUGCUUGGCUUUAUGUUUGCUGGAUGUAAAACCACUCGUGAAAAUGGAGCGACCAUGGCAAUCCCAGGCUCCCAUAAAUGGAAUCACACUCGCGUCCCUCGAACCGAUGAGGUUUGCUUCGCUGAGAUGGAGCCCGGUUCAGCUUUUGUCUUCCUAGGCACUGUCUACCAUGGCGCCGGGCAUAAUUCUGUCCCCGACCAAGUACGCAAGGUCUAUGGCCUGUUCUUCAUCUCGGGAACACUUCGGCCUGAAGAGAACCAGUUUUUGGCCAUUCCUCGAAGCAAAGUACUGGGAAUGAGUGAUAAAAUGCUCUCGCUGCUUGGGUAUAAAAAGCCAGAGACAUGGCUUGGUAUUGUGAAUAAUGGCGACCCAGCAGAGAACCUCAAAGAGGUUCUCGACAUGGCUAGCUCAUAG